GCACGGACCAUCAAUCACUACCUGCAAUCCUUUGCAUUCGCAUUCAACAGCCAAGUCUCCUGAUUGAAAUUCCCCGAGCAAGUCAUCCGCGAGGAGUCGGUGUUCCUUGCCUUGCUAUUACCACCAUGGCAGGACAUGGACUUUUGGCUGCAGGUCUGGUACUCCUCGCCGUCAUGGCGCCGGCGUUCGCCGUGGACCACACCGUCGGCGACUCGUCGGGAUGGGCCAGCGGCGUCGACUACACCACCUGGGCAAGCGACAAAACCUUCAAAGUCGGUGACACGCUUGUGUUCCAGUACGGCGCGUCGCACAACGUGGCGGAGGUUGGGUCGGCGGACUACAGCGCGUGCUCGGCCAGCAACUCCAUCCAGUCCUUCAGCGACCAGGACACCAAGAUCACGCUCACCAAGCCCGGCACCCGCUACUUCAUCUGCGGCGUCACCGGCCACUGCGCCGGCGGCAUGAAGCUCGCCGUCAAGGUCUCCCCCGCGGCCACAGCCACCACCCCCGCGCCCGCCGCGACGCCCGCCGCGCCGUCGGACACGCCCUCGACUACCACCCCAGCGACGACGACCCCAGCGACGACGACCCCAGCGGCUACGACGCCAGCGACGGCGACCUCGACCAAAUCGGCGGACAGCGUCGGCGGGGCCAGCGGCGUCGACGCCCGCUUCGCGAUGGGCCCGCUUGUUGGGGCCGUGGGCCUUAUGGGCCUCGCCCUGAUGGGCUAGGCGAGAGGCAGUGCUGCUUUCACGUUCUUAUCAGCCUGUUUAGUUCGACUGUUGUUCGGGUCACGCUGCCUCUGUGUGUGCGCCGUGGCUCUUCAUUGCUUGGGGCCGUUCCGCGCUCCCCGGUUGCCUGUUGUAUGUUCUGUAGAGAUCCAUCGUGUUUCUCCUACCACUGUGAUAUAGACCCUCGUUGUUUAUGACGUUUUCUUCCGAAA